AUGACGAACGGCCAGGGAAGAGUUGAAGAGAAACUGGCUGAAGCCCAAAUCGCCGCCCAGACAUGGAAGAGCAACUGCGACUACUACAAGAUGAUGGCCGAAAAGGCGGCAUUCGAGAGGGAUCAACUGCUGCAACAAAUCGAACGCAUGCAAAUACAAGGAGGCCCGGUUGGCCAGAACGUCGACUUCAGCUCACCGCCACCGCCCACCAGCAGUUAUAACCUGUUUGGGAACCCAACCGACGACGUGUGGAAGCCGCUCCCAGUCCCCGAUUCUCCACCUCAGAAUCAA